AUGAAGACAACGGUCAAUGCUGGACAGGGCGGUAAGCAAAAUAGAAGCCGAAAGAUAAGAGGCAAAUAUAAUUCUAAACAGUUCAACAAUGCCAUAGGCAUAGAAAGGAAAUGCAAAUAUUGUGGGGUAUGCAUGAAUGGAACAAAACAAAGUGCCCUGCAUAUGGGGAAAGAAAGCUGAAAGUGCCGUAAAUUAAAUCAUUUUGAGCCUAAUUACAGUCAGAUGUUACAAAGAACAAAAACAUUGCUCCCAGUGACAGCAAAGUUGUUGGCACCAAGAGUUGUAGAAACUCAUUAUCAAGAAAUUGUGAAAGGACAAGAAUGCCAAGCAAAGUAUUAUAACAGAGGAACAAAAAAUCUGCCUCGUUUAAGGAAAGAAGACAAAGUAAGAAUUCAAGAUCACAGACAAGGUCUUAAGAAAAGCCUGUCAGUCAAAGCAAUUGUGAAAGCAGAAGUUGAUAUUAGAUCAUAUGAAGUUGAAACACAAGACGGAUGA